UAGAACAUAGAUUACUCAGUUAAUUUUAAAGUUUGUUUAACUUUCAAUUGAAAGAAAAAAAACCUGUCGUCUUCCUAAAAAACAAAAAAGAAAACGCCGUCGCCAUCGCCGCUGCCUCCUUCAGUAUCGCCUCCGCCCUCGUCGUCGUGCCACUGAUGUCUCCCAGAAUUGAAGAGGCAGAUGUCAUAAAGAAGAAGAAGAAGGAAACAAAGGCAAAAGAGAAAGAGUUGAAAAAACAAAAAGCUUUAAACAAAGCUCUCAAGCUUCAGGAGCAACAAGCAUGUCCUUGUACUUCUAAGACGAGUAAAAAGAAGAUUGUGAGGCUUUAUGAUGAGGAAGAUGAAAAUGCAAAGGACCCAGAGACUCCAUUUGGCGAGAAGAAACGGAUGGCUGGUCAAAUGACGAAAAUCUACUAUCCAAGUGCUGUAGAGAAAUCGUGGUAUGAGUGGUGGGAGAAAAUGGGGUUCUUCUCGGCAGAUGCUAACAGCUCCAAACCUCCAUUUGUGAUUGUUUUGCCGCCGCCCAAUGUGACUGGUACCCUUCACAUAGGCCAUGCUCUUACUGCUGCUAUUGAGGUCACAUCUUUACAUAAAUUCCUGAGUUUAUGGUCUCCAUCUGUUAGGAUGUUUAAAGAAAAUUGUAUGUGGUUGUGCUAUAUGCAGGACACUAUCAUUCGAUGGCGUAGAAUGUCCGGUUACAAUACCUUGUGGGUGCCUGGGAUGGAUCAUGCCGGGAUAGCAACACAGGUUGUUGUAGAAAAGAAGCUUAUGAGUGAAAAAAAUUUAACCAGACACGAUAUUGGUCGUGAGGAAUUUGUGGCUGAGGUUUGGGAAUGGAAAAAAAAGCAUGGGAGCACCAUUUUACAGCAGUUGCGCCGUUUGGGUGCUUCACUAGAUUGGUCCCGUGAGUGCUUCACGAUGGAUCAGAAAAGAUCAAAUGCUGUGACAGAGGCUUUCGUAAGGCUUCAUAAGCAAGGGCUUCUCUAUAGGGAUAAUCGCAUAGUGAAUUGGGAUUGUGUUUUGCACACGGCAAUAUCUGACAUUGAGGUGGAUUACAUUGAUAUAGAAGAAAGGACACUACUGAUGGUUCCUGGAUAUGAGAAACCUAUCGAAUUUGGAAUUUUAACAUCAUUUGCGUACCCUCUGGAGGAAGAUUUAGGUGAGAUUGUGGUGGCCACCACAAGAGUGGAAACCAUGCUUGGUGAUACUGCUAUUGCUGUACACCCUAAUGACGAGAGGUAUCGGCAUCUUCAUGGAAAACAUGCCAUCCAUCCUUUCAAUGGAAGAAGGAUUCGUAUAGUAUGUGAUGAAAUUCUUGUUGAUCCAGAAUUUGGGACUGGUGCUGUGAAGAUUACCCCAGCCCAUGAUGCUAAUGACUUUAAUGUUGGAAAGCGCCAUAAUAUUGAGUUCAUUAACAUCUUUACUGAUGACGGAAAAAUAAACCAGGAGGGUGGAGAAUUUGCAGGAAUGCCACGUUUCAAAGCCCGAGAGGCAGUGACUGAAGCACUAAAGAAGAAGGGCCUCUUCAAAGAAGCAAAGAACAAUGAGAUGCGCCUUGGAAUUUGCUCUAGAAGCCAAGAUGUUGUGGAACCCAUGAUAAAGCCCCAAUGGUACCUUAAAUGCGGUGGUAUGGGAAAGCAGGCCCUUGAUGCUGCCAUAGAUGAUGAAGAUAGAAAGCUUGAGAUCAUUCCCAGACAGUAUACUUCUGAAUGGAAGAGAUGGCUUGACAAUAUUCAUGAUUGGUGCAUUUCGAGGCAACUUUGGUGGGGUCACCGUGUUCCUGCGUGGUACAUUGUUGAGAGUGAUAAGCCGGAAUAUUUUGGAGUACUUGAUGCACGAUGGGUGGUUGCAAGAAAUGAGGAAGAGGCUCAUGCACAGGCUAGUGAUAUGUAUGAGGGGAAGUUUCAAUUAAUUCAGGAUCCUGAUGUCCUUGACACAUGGUUUUCUUCUGGUCUCUUCCCAAUGUCUGUGUUGGGCUGGCCAGAUGACACUGAAGAAGUUCUUGAAACUGGGCAUGAUAUUCUUUUUUUCUGGGUUGCCCGUAUGGUCAUGCUCGGAAUGACAUUGGGUGGCAACAUACCUUUUACCAAGGUAUAUUUGCACCCGAUGAUUCGUGAUGCACAUGGGCGUAAAAUGUCGAAAUCGUUGGGAAAUGUCAUUGAUCCAGUUGAUGUUAUAAAUGGUGUUACCCUUGAAGGUCUACAGAAGAAGGUUUUAGAGGGAAAUUUGGAUGCCAAGGAAGUAGCUUCCUCAGAAGAAGGUCUAAAGAAAGACUUUCCUAAUGGGAUUGAGGAAUGUGGUGCAGAUGCACUGCGUUUUGCUCUUGUGUCUUAUACUGCUCAGCAUGAUAAGAUAAAUCUGGACGUCCAAAGGGUUGAGGGCUAUAGUGUCUGGUGUAAUAAAUUGUGGAAUGUAGUACGAUUUGCUCUGAGCAUACUUGGGGAUGAAUAUGUUCCACCUUCAAGUGUAAAUCCAAAUGUGUUUCCAUUUAGUUGCCAGUGGAUACUCUCGGUACUGAAUAAGGCCAUAUCCAAAACUGUUCUGUCACUGGAAUCGUGCGAGUUAUCAGAUGCAGCCACUGCAGUGCAUGCUUGGUGGCAGUACCAGUUGUGUGAUGUUUUUAUUGAAGCUAUCAAGCCUUAUUUUUCUGGUAACGAUCCGAAAUUUGUGUCUGAAAGGGGUUUUGCACGAGACACGCUAUGGUUAUGUCUUGACAAUGGGCUACGGUUGCUCCAUCCGUUUAUGCCAUUUGUCACAGAAGAACUGUGGCAACGUCUUCCAUCUUCAGGGGGUCACAAGAGGGCAACAUCAAUUAUGAUAUGUGAAUACCCAUCCGCUAUAGAGUACUGGACAAAUGAAAGGGUGGAGUCUGAGAUGAACCUUAUAGAGUCUCUUGUGAAAUCUCUCCGUUCACUUGCAAAAGAAAGUCGUGAAAGGCGAUCAGCUUUUGUGAUUUGUCACACGAUUUUGGAUCGGCAGAUAAUAUGCAGCCAUCAACUGGAGAUUGAAACUCUUGCCUAUUUGUCAUCUUUGACGGUAGUCAGCCCGAAUGAUGGCUUUCCCAUGCCAACCGAAUCUGAUGGAUUUGUGAUGUCUGAUGUAAAUGAAAACCUUUCGGUUUUUCUGAAGGUUCCAAGAGUAAAGGCAGACCCUGAAAAGAUCAGAGAGAAGAUGGAAAAACUCAUACUGCAACGGGAAAAUCUGCGGUUGAUGAUAAGUGCUCCUGGGUACCAAGAAAAGACCUCUGAGAAGAUUCAAGAGUCCAAUGCGCACAAGCUAGCCUCCUUGGAAAAGCAAAUGAAGUCUUUGAAAAUGCAGUCUUAAAAGGGACGCUUUGAUAUUUAUAAUAUAGUUAUUAUUAUUUUUUUAAAUUUGAGAAUUGUAGUUAAAUUUGCAAAUAGGGUGAUUAUGGCAUUGGUCCACAAUUGCAUCUCACAAUUUAUUUAUGAAAAAAUACAAGCGAUAGUCUAAACUGCAAGGGAAAUGUUUGCAAGUUAAGAUCCUUUUUCUCUGGGCUAGACCUUGUUGACAUUGCAUCUCACUUAUUAAUUGUACAUGAUCAGACUAUUUUUAAACAAGGUUAUUAUGGCAUUGGUCCCUCAACUUGUACUUGAUUUGUACUUUGCUCCCUGAAUUCA